AUGACUACAGAAGAAGUCGAACAGCACGUUCGUGAACGUUAUGAAGUCCAAAAACGAUUGGGUAAAGGGGCUUAUGGUAUUGUAUGGAAAUCAAUCGAUAAGCGUACGAAAGAUGUUGUAGCAUUAAAGAAGAUAUUCGAUGCGUUCCGUAAUGCAACUGAUUCUCAACGAACAUUUCGUGAAAUAAUGUUUUUACAAGAAUUUGGACGUCAUCCAAACAUUAUUAAACUAUUCAAUAUAAUUAAAGCUGAUAAUGAUAGAGAUAUUUAUUUAGUUUUUGAAUUUAUGGAAGCUGAUUUACAUAAUGUUAUCAAGAAGCAAUCUAUUCUCAAAGAUAUUCAUAAACAAUACAUAAUGUGCCAAUUAUUUCGUGCCAUUCGAUUCUUACAUAGUGGAAACGUGUUACACAGAGAUUUGAAGCCGUCGAACGUGCUGUUGGAUGCGGAUUGUCGCGUUAAGUUAGCAGAUUUCGGUUUAGCUCGUAGUUUAUCAUCGUUAGAAGAUUAUCCAGAAGGCCAGAAUAUGCCAGAUUUGACGGAAUAUGUUGCCACUCGAUGGUACAGAAGCCCAGAAAUACUAUUGGCUGCUAAGCGAUAUACGAAAGGCGUUGAUAUGUGGAGUCUGGGAUGCAUUCUGGCUGAAAUGCUUAUUGGGCGAGCACUAUUUCCUGGAACAUCAACGAUUAAUCAGAUUGAACGAAUUAUGAACACGAUUGCUAAACCAUCCAAAUCUGAUGUUGAAAGCAUUGGAAGUCAUUAUGCAGCUUCUGUAUUGGAGAAAAUGCCUCAAAGACCACGAAAACCAUUGGAAUCAAUGAUUCCCAGCAACAAUCCACAUGCUCUUGAUCUCAUCAAUCGAUUAUUAAUAUUCGCUCCACAUAAGCGAUUAACAAUAGAGCAAUGUUUGGUCCAUCCCUAUGUUCUCCAAUUCCAUAAUCCUGCCGAUGAGCCUGUCUUACCUUAUGACGUAUCACUACCAUUGCCGGAUCAUAUCCAGCUCUCCGUUGACGAAUACCGUAACAAGCUCUAUGACAUGAUGAACAUGAAGAAGACUCACAUACGACGUAUUCAACAUGACAAAAUAACCAAAAUUAUUGAACGACCCAUAUCAUCUAAGCCUCCUGCUAAUCGUAAUGAAAGACCUGCACCCAUAGCACAAGCUGAAUGUAGCGACACCGAUUAUGAUACAGCUAGAAGUCUGGCAAGAGCAGCAAGUGUUGAGAAGAAUGGUUCAUAUACAGAUACAUUGGGAACAUUACGAGAACGAGCUCAAUCAGCUGAUUCGCGUGGUUCACGGAGUGGAUCAUCUGGCAAACGUAUAAUACAACCACCUCAACCAACAAAGGAAAGACGUCGAUCCGUUGAUCGUCCACAAUUAGGACAUAUAACCCAUUACUAUUCUAGAAGAGAUAGAGUCGCCUUACCACUAGAGAUCACCGUAUCCGAUACUGUGCAGAGCAAGAGAGCAAUGCUCCUCUUCUAUUUAGCUUUCAAAGGUGCUAGCAUAGAUGGUAUCCUUAAAUGGUUUUCAUAUUUUAUUUUAACAGUCAUACUCACAAAGCCUUGUUGUGAUGCUCAACAGACUUAUGCUGAGAUGUCUACGAUUGACUUGUUUGGUUGGUGGCAUCUCUUCCCGUAUGGUCCUCUGUAUAACGAUGCCAAUCUGUUGAACAAGCCUCAUCAUGAUCGACAAAUCGAUUUCGACUUUGAUUUUCCCUUUUAUGGGUUCCGCUUCAACUACACAAUGAUCUACCCGAAUGGAAUGCUGGCGUUCUCUGAUCCUGAGUUCAUUCAACCUCCUUACACAUUUCCCAAUCCUCGUUGGCCGGAACAAAGAGAUGCGUCAUUCAUAGCUGCCUUCUAUGCUGAUCAGAUCUUCCAAUUCGUAGGAGAACGAGGUAUUUCAAAUGUGUGGUACAGAGUUAUUUUCCGUCCACGAGCGUUUGAAACUUUUGAUGAAUGGGGAAGUCCAUUAAUCAAUCCUAAAGAUGAAUAUGGCAGCAUGUUCGAGACUGCACGUGAUCGUUAUGAGAAAAGAAUGUGGGGUAGAGUUGAGGAUACAUAUCUGCUCGACAAUAUAACAAUGGCCAUCAGAGAAGGAAUAAUUGGAGCAAACGGAUUUCGAGCCGAUUAUGCGGUCAUCGUCACCUGGGAGCGAAUGGCCUAUGGUGGAGCUCCAAAAAUCACUCAGGUUAAUAGAUAUGAGGAAGCGAAGAGGUGGACGAAUACAUAUCAAGUGGUUCUUGCAACAGAUGAAAUCAGAAGUUAUGUUAUGUUCAACUAUGCUCAUAUCAACUGGACAUCCUCCAAUACUGCUGGAGCUUUGCAAGGUCGAGGAGGUCUUCAAAGUGCAAUUGCGGGUUUUAACGGCGGAAACGGUACUGGAUGGACAGCACUUCCUUACUCUGGAGAGGGUCGAGUUAUCAAGCUGCGCGAAUUCUCAAAUGUAGGAAUCCCAGGACGUUGGCUAUUCAGAGUUGAUGAGGAAAUCAUCCGAGGAGGAUGUAGUAACGAGAGUAUAGGAUACAUGACUACUGCCCCAAUUGCUGCUACAAUGAUUGGAGGAGUCUAUGUAAAUGUCUCAGGGCCGUGUUUACGGGGUGGUGAUGUAGUCAAAGUCAUUUUUGAUGAGUAUCAAGUGGAUUGUAUACGGCUUAGUAUGCAUCGAGCUCAGUGUGUGCUGCCUGUGAAUCGGAUGUAUAAAACAGGAUUGGUGAAUACGAAAAUGAGUCGAGAUGGGGGUCAGAGUUAUCCGUACAUCGGUACAUUCUACCUACUGCAACCUUCAUUAGCUUCACCACAUAUUAAACUGAUUGAUAAUCCUCGAGAACCGCACAAUAACUGGAGAAGUGCGAAUGCCACCAGGCUUCGUUUAGAAUGGGCACCUUAUAACUUGACAAAUGAUAUCAACGCUAUGGUGGAUAUCAAACUGAUGGGAUAUUGGGAAGAUACAGAUGAUCAUAUUUUUGAAGAAGUUGGAACUAUAGCUGAGCGAACAUCGAACGACGGUUUGUAUGAGUUCGAUCCAAGAACUCUAGCUCGGACAACUAUGCUUUUCGACUCUUGGAGGAAAUACUCGUUUGGAGUUGUUAGGAUAUCCAUUUCUGAUGCUGAUCAAACAACUGGAGUGUUCUGGAGCAAGCUGACACCAUUUGGAUGGUAUUUCCGAGAUGUGUGGGAGUACGAGCUGGGCCGCCAUUGGGCGUUAGAGCUAUGCCAGGAUUGGUUUGACUAUGAUGGGAAGCGUGUGAACUUCGCAAUGGACUUGGAACCCUUUGUGCCUUGUCCAUGUACUAUGGAUCAAGCUAUGUUAGAUUUGGGUCGUUACAUGCCGUUGUUUGGCUGCGAUAUUGAUGGUGAUGCAUCUUGCGAGUACAAUAAAGGAGCUCAACACUGUGUUAUGAGUACAGCAGCAACUUGGACAGGUGCUGGUCAAGUUUGUUGCUAUGACUUUGAAGGUUGGCUUAUGCAUUCUGAUGAUUAUGAAAACGCUGCCCAUCUGCGGUUCUUCAGUCCCGGAACUGCUCAAAGAGCUCAUCCGAUGGGAUCCUUCCCAUUCAAACGUCCACCUUAUGUUCCUUCUUUAUCAAACUUCCACACUGAUACAAUGGCUUAUGAAAAAUGCUGCAAAUGGGCUGGAGCAUGUGAAUUCUACUUCUGGAGACGUCAAACAUCCGGCUGUCAAGAAUAUAUUCCACCUGUGGCAGGAAUCGCUUAUGGAGAUCCACACUUCGUCACAUUCGACGGAACUCGGUACACAUUCCAAGGGAAGGGGUAUUAUGUGUUAGCGAUGAGUAAAGAUCCUCGUCAUGAUCUUCAAGUUCAAAUUCGAAUGGAACAACCGCCAAAAACAGAUUGGAACCAAGAAGUUCACGCUUCUGUCAUCACUGGAGUGGCUGCUCGAGAAAACCAAUCAGAUAUCGUCCAGCUCUUUGCUAGAAAAGAAUUCCGAAGAUGGCGUUAUCGAAUGGACAUCGUAGUGAAUGGCCAUAAAGUUUAUUUCGAUACACCUGAAUUGAAAAUGCAGCGCUUCCGAGGUGUUACUUUACGCUCUCCUGAACGCAACCAUAAUCAAUCGGAAAUAAUGGUGAUGUUUGAUUCGGGAGCAGGAGUUCGUGUAGCAGAAGCUCAUGGAGUUCUUUCCGUCAUGACAUUGCUUCCGCCGGAUUUCAAUGAAACUUAUGCAAACUUCCGAGGGGCUGACUACUUCGGUACAGGCUCGGAUGAGUUUGGACGAAGAACUGCAAAUAUUCAACAAGAAUUUAUCAAUAAGGUUACACAACCAUCAACUCUUCAUUAUGUUGGAGGAGGUCAACGAUUCGUAACUGUUGGGUUGUUGGGAACGUUUAAUGAGAAUCAUUUGGAUGAUUUAAUGUCUCCAGAUGGACAUAUAACUGUCGUUAGUCAUCCUCCGACAGAACAGGAUAACAUCAACGCUUAUAAGUUUGGUCAGCGAUGGAGAGUCGAUGGUACGAGGCAUAAGCUGUUAUUCCAAGAUGACAUCAAACCAAUCUACAAUCCUUUACAAUUUGGUGAUGAUCGUAAAUACAACCCCGUUUUCGAUCCAUACCGUCUUCAAUUCAAUGCCAGUCUAGUCUUUACUCUUGACGAAGUUCGAGUGGCUUGUCAGAACGUCUAUGAGUGUGAAUAUGACUAUUUCCUAACCGGUCGUAGAGAGAUCGCUCUCAAUACACUAGAAGUGCAAAGCAAACUGAUGGAACUGAAACAUAAGGGUUCACAUAGAGCUCAAUCAUGUGGGGCAUUGCUAACAGCUCCAGGAGCUGUGAAAUAUCCUCCCGGAAAUAAUUACUUGGAUGGCGUAACAGUUACAUUCACAUGCAAACCCGAAUAUUUCAUUCACGGAACUCCUCAAAGGACUUGUAUAAACGGUUCAUGGACACCUGGAUGGCACGUAUGGUGCAGAUACCGUAGCGUGGAAAUCGGACUAAAGUGGAUGACUGGAAUUUUAUCGUCUGUAGCAAUCAUUUUGUUCAUAGCUUCGAUCCUCUGUGGAUGUUAUUUACGUCGAAUUGCACUUCAUCCUGAAACCAGAAUUACAUUCCGCAAAAGCGAAAAGAGCACAACAAUCUCAUCCACAGAUAGUUCGAACAAACAAUUGCGACCUGUCUCAACACGUCCCAGCUCUAGAUAUGGAGAAACGACCAUACUUCCUGGAGCUGGUCAACCGACCUAUCGGACAAAUAUCACUCAGCCCAUAUCAAUAUUACGUCCAGCUCGUUCGCCAUUCCGAGCCUACGAAACAUCGGCUUAA